AUGUGGGAUCUGUCCGGUCCAGUUGAGUACGCUACUCUAUUUACAGAUACCUCGAGACGAACCUGUGCAGCGAACGAAGAGUUCAAGGAUUGUGGUUCAGCUUGCGAGCCUAGCUGUCGGAAUCCGAGACCGCGAAUUUGUAGCCUCGAAUGUGUCGUAGGCUGCCAGUGUAAGAGCGGAUUCUUCCGAGACGAUAAUAAUGUGUGUGUCAGAGAAUGCGACAAUGGUUAG